AUGCCAGACACUAGAGUCAUUGAGGAUGUCCGGAAAAGUUUGAAAAUCAACAAGAAACAGUUUCUUCAGUGUUGGGAGGUUUUCCUUUAUCUCGGCCUUGAUCAUGUGGACAGCUAUAUGGAUGAUUUUGUGGGAAUUAUUUCUAAUCGCAUGAAGGAAGAUCUUAUCAGAAAAGAUUCUGGGACUGGUGGGAAGCAAGUGAUUGAAGUUCCAAGCAAUUAUGAACCCGAGAUGUCAUUUGUGAUGUUCAGGUCACAAGCUGGUGAAGCUGCUAGUACUGUUCAGAUAGAUGAGAAUCAACCAAAUCAGGAGGAGCAACUCCAGCAGUUAGUUGAUGAGAGAGUGAAAGAGAUCAAAUCAAUAGCCGAGAAAGUGUCUGUGCAGCUCUCUAUCAUUGCUGAGGCAUCAUAA